CGAAAUGCUCAGUUUGCAUUCAUAGCUCAACGCAACAACUACGAAAUAGUUUAUCAUGGAGCUGCUAACAGUCAUCCUGCUGGGCGUGGUACUGGCUCUGGUGUACCAUUUCUACCAGAAUACGUACAAAUAUUGGGAAAGGCGCGGAGUGCCAUUCGAGCCCCCUGUGCCCAUAUUGGGCAAUAUGAGGGGAGUGGGCUAUAAAUACCACUUUCGCGACAUCAAUCAGCGACUCUACGAUCGCUUCAAAGGCACAACACCGUUUGGAGGCAUGUUUACGUUCCUUAAGCGAGUGGCGUUCAUUGUGGAUCUGGAUCUGGUCAAGCAGGUGCUGAUCAAGGACUUUACGCUCUUUCAGGAUCGUGGCACCUUCAGCAAUGUGCGCGAUGAUCCCCUGACGGGCCAUUUGUUCUCGCUGGAGGGCGAGGAAUGGCGCUCGAUGAGGCACAAAUUGACGCCAGUCUUCACAUCCGGCAAGAUGAAGCACAUGUUUGGCAUCGUUGUCGAUGUGGGUAAGCGUCUAGCCGAGACUAUGGAUAAAGCCGUUGUCGGUAGCAGUAGCGAGAUGGAGAUAAAGGAGCUGUGUGCUCGCUUCACAACAGAUGUGAUUGGCACAUGUGCCUUUGGAUUGGAGUGUAAUAGUUUGGCGGAUCCGCAUGCCAAGUUCCGAGCCAAGGGUCGACAGCUGUUCGAGAAGCCGCGUCAUUAUCGGAUUGUGCAGUCCUUCAUGUUUACAAAUCCUAAACUGGCAAGAAAAUUGCGCAUGAAGACCUUCCCCGAUGAUGUGUCCGAGUUCUUCUUGCAGGCUGUCCGGGACACAGUUGACCAUCGAAAGAAGCACAACAUUAAACGCAACGACUUCCUCGAUCAGCUGAUCGAGCUUCGUGCCGAGAACGAGGAGGCAGCUCGUCUUGGCAAGGGCAUUGAUCUGUCGCAUGGUCUAACCAUCGAGCAGAUGGCUGCCCAGGCAUUUGUGUUCUUCAUCGCUGGCUUCGAGACCUCCUCGAGCACAAUGGCCUUCUUUCUGUACGAGCUGGCCCUACAUCAGGAUGUGCAAGAGCGUGUCCGCCAGGAGAUCAUAACGGUACUGAAGGAGACCUCGAAUGGAGAGCAACUCACUUACGAUGCCAUGCUAAAUAUGCCCUAUUUGGAUCAGGUGCUGGCAGAAACACUGCGCAAGUAUCCAAUUGUUCCGCACUUGACGCGUGUAGCUAACAAGGAUUACAAAGUAGAUGGCACACAGCUGGUCAUUGAGAAGGACACCAUGGUUUUAAUACCUGUGCAUAGUAUACACCAUGAUCCACAGAUCUAUCCCUCGCCCGAAACCUUUGAUCCCAGUCGAUUCGAGCCCGAGGCCAUUAAGGCCAGACAUCAGUAUGCUUAUCUGCCAUUUGGCGAUGGACCCCGCAACUGUAUUGGAGAACGCUUUGGCAAAAUGCAAGCCAAGAUUGGACUCGUCGCCCUUCUGAGAAGCUUCAAAUUCGGUGUAUCCAAGAAGACGGAGGUGCCACUGACCUUCAGUAGACGCGCGUUCACGCUGAGCACCCAGGCCGGCAUUCACCUGAUGGUGGAACGCAUUUACAACAUGUUGUGUCUGGCUUUCUUGCUCGCUAUUGCCGUCGGAGCUAUCUAUGCCCUUCUGGAUCAACACUACUCGUACUGGCGCCGACGUCAUGUGCCUGGCGAGCGGCCUCGUUUCCUGUUGGGUAACAUGGGCGGGUUAGGGCGUCACUGGCACUGGACUGACAUCGAUUGGAGGAUUUAUCAGAGGUUUGCGGGACGAGAGCGUUUCUGUAGCUUUUACACAUUUCUCACAAAGGCACUGUUCCUGCUUGACCUGGAACUGAUCAAACGGAUAAUGAUCAGCGAUUUCAAUAGCUUUGCCGAUCGCGGUCUCUUUCACAAUGUACGCGAUGAUCCGCUGACGGGCAAUCUACUCUUCCUCGACGGGGAACAGUGGCGUUGGCUGCGUCUGCAUUUGACUCCAGUGUUCAGCUCCGGCAAGAUGAAGUUCAUGUUUCCUAUGAUGGUCAAAGUGGCGAAGCAAUUGGGCAAUUUUCGCGGUUUUCGCAACACGGAUCACUUCAAGGACAUUCUGACGCCGCUCUACGAACGCUUCAAGUCGACGGGAUCACCUUUUGCAGGCAUAUAUUUUAUGCUGAGACCUGUGGUGCUGGUGUUGGAUCUGGAGCUGGCCAAAGAGGUGCUGAUCAGGGAUUUUGCCAACUUUGAGGAUCGCGGCAUGUAUCACAAUGAACGAGAUGAUCCGCUCACCGGCCAUCUAUUUCGCAUCGAUGGACCGAAAUGGAGACCGCUGCGUCAGAAAAUGACGCCCACCUUCAGCUCCGGCAAGAUGAAGUUUAUGUUUCCCAUUGUUUGUGCUGUGGGCAAGGAACUUGCUCAGAUCUGUGCGGAGCAGUCGCAGAAUUCGAUUUGUGGCAUUUUGGAAGUGAGUGAUUUGAUGUCCAGAUACACCUCAGACGUGAUUGGCAGCUGUGCCUUCGGUCUGGACUGCAAUGGACUACGCAAUCCGGAGGCUGAGUUUCGCACAAUGGGCAGACGAGCGUUGACCGAGCGACAUCACAACAAACUCAUCGAUGGCUUCAUUGAGAGCUUUCCGCAUUGGGCACGACGACUGCGCCUCCGUCAGGUCCAUCCAGACAUUACGAAAUUCUACCAGCGCAUUGUCCGGGACACGGUUAAGGAGCGCGAGUCGCAAAGAAUUGUGCGCAACGAUUUCAUGAAUCUGCUCAUCGAGAUGAAGCAACGAGGCGAGCUCACCCUGCCGGAGAUGGCCGCCCAGUCGUUCAUAUUCUUUGUCGCCGGUUUCGAUACCUCAGCAUCGACCCUAACCUUUGCCCUCUACGAACUGGCCAAGCAGCCGCAAAUCCAGCACAAGCUCAGGCAAGAAAUCCAGGAGUCCCUGCAAAAGCACGAAGGUCAAUUCACAUACGAAUGCAUGCAGGAGCUGCGCUACAUGGAGCUAGUCAUUGCAGCCUUAGCAACUUCCCUCGACCUAUUAUUCAGGGAAGAUACCAGCUUCCGGUUUAUCAUGGAGCUGCUAACAGUCAUCCUGCUGGGCGUGGUACUGGCUCUGGUGUACCAUUUCUACCAGAAUACGUACAAAUAUUGGGAAAGGCGCGGAGUGCCAUUCGAGCCCCCCGUGCCCAUAUUGGGCAAUAUGAGGGGAGUGGGCUAUAAAUACCACUUUCGCGACAUCAAUCAGCGACUCUACGAUCGCUUCAAAGGCACAACACCGUUUGGAGGCAUUUUUACGUUCCUUAGGCGAGUGGCGUUCAUUGUGGAUCUGGAUCUGGUCAAGCAGGUGCUGAUCAAGGACUUUACGCUCUUUCAAGACCGUGUGACCUUCAGCAAUGUGCGCGAUGAUCCCCUGACGGGCCAUCUGUUCUCGCUGGAGGGCGAGGAAUGGCGCUCGAUGAGGCACAAAUUGACGCCAGUCUUCAAAUCCGGCAAGAUGAAGCACAUGGUUGGCAUCGUUGUCGAUGUGGGUAAGCGUCUAGCCGAGACUAUGGAUAAAGCCGUUGUCGGUAGCAGUAGCGAGGUGGAGAUAAAAGAGCUGUGUGCUUGCUUCACAACAGAUGUGAUUGGCACAUGUGCCUUUGGAUUGGAGUGUAAUAGUUUGGCGGAUCCGAAUGCCAAGUUCCGAGCCAACGGUCGACAGCUGUUCGAGAAGCCGCGUCAUAAUCAGUUUGUGCAGGCCUUCAUAUUUUCCAAUGUUAAGCUGGCAAGAAUGUUGCGCAUGAAGACCUUCCCCGAUGAUGUGUCCGAGUUCUUCAUGCAGGCUGUCCGGGACACAGUUGACCAUCGAAAGCAGCACAACAUUAAACGCAACGAUUUACUCGAUCAGCUGAUCGAGCUUCGUGCCGAGAACGAGGAGGCAGCUCGUCUUGGCAAGGGCAUUGAUCUGUCGCAUGGUCUAACCAUCGAGCAGAUGGCUGCCCAGGCAUUUAUAUUCUUCAUCGCUAGCUUCGAGAACUCCGCGAACGCAAUGGCCUUCUUUCUGUACGAGCUGGCCCUACAUCAGGAUAUGCAAGAGCGUGUCCGCCAGGAGAUCGAAACGGUACUGAAGGAGACCUCGAAUGGAGAGCAACUCACUUUCGAUGCCAUGCAAAAUAUGCCCUAUUUGGAUCAGGUGCUGGCAGAAACACUGCGCAAGUAUCCAAUUGUUCCGCACUUGACGCGUGUAGCUAACAAGGAUUACAAAGUAGAUGGCACACAGCUGGUCAUUGAGAAGGACACCAUGGUUUUAAUACCUGUGCAUAGCAUACACCAUGAUCCACAGAUCUAUCCCUCGCCCGAAACCUUUGAUCCCAGUCGAUUCGAACCCGAGGCCAUUAAGGCCAGACAUCAGUAUGCUUAUCUGCCAUUUGGCGAUGGACCCCGCAACUGUAUUGGAGAACGCUUUGGCAAAAUGCAAGCCAAGAUUGGACUCGUCACCCUUCUGAGAAGCUUCAAAUUCGGUGUAUCCAAGAAGACCGAUGUGCCAUUGAUCUUCAGCACGCACAACUUCACGCUGCGCCCCCAGGCCGGCAUUCACCUGAAGGUGGAACGCAUUUAGGUAUUCCAAUUUUUGUACUUAAAAGAGACGCUGAUAAUUAUUGCCGAGGCUAAAUUAUUUGGUGUGUGACUUUUCAAUUGAUGUUAGCUAAUAUCGGAAUUGAUUAGAAACAAUAA